UGAAGCUUUUCUCGAAAGCCAAAGCAUGAUGCCGGCCGGCAGGAUGGCUCGCGAUAUCAACUUCGCAAUUGUCCUUGCGGCUGUCACAAAUAUUCCCUAGACCACACUGAUGCGGUUAUGGAGGAGUGUUCCCACGCACGCUAGAGUGCUCAAGGCUAACGACCGAGAGAAAAAAAAAAGAAGCUCCAGAAGGAACUCGGGCCAACAAAGCGUCAGUGAUGAGCUUGCGAGGGUACGUGGGUACCCUACCUGCCAUCCUACUUUGACCACCCGCGCUGCGAGGGCAAUCCCAGACGAAUGGGCAAGGUCGGCAGGCGGACGUUCAAACGAAACACGCCCACCGGUUCCCAGUUCCCUCUUUGGGCGCCGACCCGCCCAGCUUCCACCCCCAUGCACAUCAACCCAGAGCUUCUCAGCUCAUCAGUUUCCCACCACUCACUUUUUUUUUCUCUUUGCCCACCCUCACUCGCUUGUACCACCGACCUAAUGCUUGCGAGCUGCCAGCAGACCAUUGCCAAUCGUUCAACAACAUCUUGCACCACUUGGCGACACCUC